CUUCACCAGGCCACACUUCCUCGGCGACUGCCGCCUUCGACUAUCCAUUAUAACAGCGCAACGACCCUGCCACACCUGCCACAGCCGCCGCGCCCUUGACGUCCCGAGCGUGCGGGACCGCUCUUCCAUCUCAACUCUUCAUCUACUGCCACCACACGACUGGCACGAGCGCGACCUGUUCCCGUCCGCCUCUACCAUGAGUAACCGCCCAGCUCUAGGGCGAGGUUCGUCAUGGUUUGACGGCCCGGGAGCGCGUCCCAUCCUCGGAGAAUCUGGACCUUCGACCGCCGCUACUCAUGCAUCACCGCGUCACGAUGAUCCUUCUUACGGAGGCAGUACUGGUGGCGGGGAAGGUUACGAAUCCCAUCAGCCGCGCGUGGUUGGAAGCGGAUCCUCAGGCGCACCUCAGCCCUCGCAUUCGGCGCCCGCUCAACCGGUCAUCCGGCGAGUCGGAAACAAGGCAAAUGUUUCGAGCGCAUGCGGGCCUUGCAAGCGAGCCCAUCUUGCAUGUGAUCCUGCCCGUCCAUGCAAACGCUGCGUCAACAUCGGCAAGGAAGAUCAGUGCGAGGAUGUACCACACAAGAAGCGAGGAAGGCCAAAAGUGAAUAAAACACCAAGUAUUGACCCCUACGCACGGCCGGUGCCGCGUCCAGCCCCUCCUCCAUCUGCCUCUGUCGAAGACAGAAAGUGGAGACCUUCUUCAGGAUAUGAUUCGCCGUAUACCACAACUUCCCCACCGGUGCAGCUAGGCGCCCUCGCGCCACGCAUGCCCUCCCCUCCCCCUCGAGCACCUAUGGUAGGACCACCAGGCCCAUACGAGUCGGCGUCAGCGAGCCCAUACUCUGCACCUCCGUCUGGCCCGGCCUCCGCCCCUCCGACCGCUCACUCGUCCGCCCACGGCCAGUACGAUGACAGACCGCAGCCGACUUUUACGCUCUUCUGCUCAACUGACCUCAAAAUUCUGCGCGCCACGGCCGAUUGUUAUAGAUUCCUGGGCUUUCAUGCGCACGAGCUUCUCAACCUAGAUCUCCUUCGCUGGAUCCAUCCGGCAGAUCAACACCUAAUCAACCAGGACCGCGAUCAGCUGUUGAACGUAUCGUAUCUGCCGACUUCACCGCACACUAGCCGUGAGACUCAUGUGGCGAUUGUGACAGCCAACGAGCACGAACUCAAGUCACCUGCCGCUGGGAUGGUGGACCCGUACCCGAACCAAACGGUGCGCAUGUUCCACGGGGACGGGGGGCUCUAUCCGUUCAACAUUCGCAUGCACCUUGGAGGAGGCCUCGGGGGAAGUCUAUGGCAGCAGGAAACACUGGGCAGGAUUUAUCUCGUGGUCUCUUGCCUUCCUGUGCCAUCAGAAGCUGUACACGACCCACAGGGGCGUAGACCAUCCCAGUAUCCAGCAGGUGCGGCCCCGCCACCAACAGCAGGUGGCCUUCCCUCGUUCUCUUCUAUUGCUGCAGCCGCAGACGCCCCAGGAAGCUCGACAUACCACCGUCCACUUUCAGCUCACGGGCCUGGAGGCUCGUACUAUUCGAGGCCGUCGACUUCAUCCUCAGCCCCCUACCCACCUGGUCCAACAGGACCGAGUUUGAGCCCCCGUGCGCCCUCGCCAGGCGGACCUGGGGCCUAUUCUCGAUACCACAGCUAUCCGCCACCCCAUCCUCAUCCUGGGGGAUUCUACAUGCCACCCGGUAGUAGCUCAUACGAUCGACGGCCCGACACCCAUCCUGAUGAGUGGCGGCGUCAUGGGCAGCCCUUACCGUCGCCUAGCGCACCUGGCAGUGCGCCACCCUUGCCCGACUACCGUCGCGGCUGGGACCGGCAGUAAAAGCACGGCGUUGCCUAGCUUUGAGGCAAUGCAUGCACUUCUUAGCUCAGCGUGCACCACGCCCAUCCCCUGCAAUUUUCGCUAGUAUUCUUUAGGGCAUAGCAUUAUUUUGUUCUUCU